UCCAGAUACACCUAAUGUAUUUGAAUAUGUAUUAAGAAAUUCAGUUUCUCAGCGAGAUCCAGAUGAGGAUUUUCCUAAUAGGGUGUAUAGUAACAUCAGCAAGUAAAUGUUUAAUUUAUGACUGAUGUUGUUACAAAUUUAUUGCAGUUUUGUAAAGCAUUUAAAGUUUUUUGGUUAAUGAAAAUGUAACUCCUUUUUCAAGCAAGUAUUGUAAGUAAAAUUUUCACUUUUAUCAACUCCAGUUCUCAUUUAUCUUAUUGUGUGUUAUCAUGGAAAGUGGUGAAGGAUCACUUGAAGUGCUUGUUGUUAGUGCUAAAGGCAUUAGACAUGCCAAUCACGUUGGUUCUUUCCUAUUCCCUCUCGUGAAAUCCCAAAUCAAUUUAUUUAAAAACACUUUUUUUUCUAUCAAGUCGGGAUGUAGAUCUGAAAAGAUUCAGAAAUUUAUUGACAAUUUUCUUACCCAAAUCCAAAAGGUCUAAAAAUGAAUGUGUGUUUGUGGUUUUACAGGACAUUCAGCUUACCAUAUCAUCCUUGAAUGUGGAAAUCAAAUGCAUAUGAGCAAGACUUCAAAAAGCUAUCAUGGGGAGAUACACUGGAACGAGAAACAUGUUAUCAAAUUCCCGACAUCAAAGUGGGAAAGCUUGUCUUACCUUAAACUGAAAAUCUCGCAUGAAAAACAUUUUACUGAUGGCGACAUUGUGGGUGAAACCAUGAUUAAUCUGAAAGGGAUUAUUGUGGAAGGAAUUGAGAAAGGAGUUAUAGAAGUUUCACCUACUCUGUUCAAUGUUGUUCUUGAUGAUGAUUCUUAUAAAGGGGAAAUCAAGAUAGGACUUAAAUUCUUACUUAAUAAACAAGUCGAUAUAGCAAAUGUAUCGUCUGAUGACGAUGAACAUGUUGAAGCGCGUCCUUCCAUUCACAAGAAUUUAAGGCAGUUCUGGAGAAUGUUAUGCUGGAGGUUCUUGUUUAUGCAGAAGCAUUCUGAAUCUGAUGUCUAGAAUGAUGAGGAACCGCGUUUUUAGAUGAAGAAACUACCUUAUUUUUCGCAAUAUCUCUUAUGUUAUUUUAUUAGAAGAUGUUUUUUGUUUUUAAAA